CUUGACAUGGAAACGGAGGAAAACACCAAGAUGUUAGAAACAGACGGUGAGCAGACAUUGGAGGAAAGGACGACAUUACCUGAUGAACUCAAUACUCUAAAGGAAGAAAACAAUUGCUUGGAAGACGACCGCGAUUUGGCAACUUAUCCCACAACAACAAAUGAUGCAAUGGAACUAACCCAUUUCCUGAGGAGAAAUUCAACAAAAAAAAUUAAGGAAUUAGAACAGAUUAUUAAAAUGCUUUUAGAUAUUCCUAAAAGCCAAGACCAAACCAAGCGAGCCCUCCGUGAAGCACUGUGUCAAGAGUGCAGAGAAAAGUCACAUAAUAUAUUCAAAUCACCAUUUAAGACAUUUUCUGGCGUUGGGUGUCAAACAGAGUGCCGGUUUUCAGAACAACAACCAUCCAAUAAUGUCACAAUUGACUUGAAAGAUGAUUCUUAUACGGCAGAAGAAAACUCAUUAUCAAACAACGAGACGUUUGAGCCAGACAGAGAAACACAAAGCAUGACACAGGAUGGAGAGAUAAUGGAUGUCACCAAUAGAACAAAAGAAAAAAGGGACUCAGGGAAGACCACUUUGCAAGAAGAAAAUGCUAGAAUGAAGCAGGAAAUAGCGAAAAUGAAUAAGAAAUUGACCCAAUCAAACAAGACUAUGGAUCAACUACAGGAAGAAAAUAGACGUCUAAAUGACCAUCGUCAAAUAAUUAAGAAGGAUUUGCGUGACGUUCAAGAGGAGAGAGACACAUAUCAAACAAAGCUAAAGAGCAUGCAGGAUGAAAUCGACACCCUUCGUAACCCAGUGGAUGGAUCUCUCUGUAAAGGAAUGGCACGGGACACAACGAACACUUCCUCCAAAAAUGUCAGUCCCGUUGGAAAGUCUUCUGUUGCCGGACAAAAUGCAGAGAAAGGACAAACGGAAGAUUCAAAAACAAAAGCGAAUGCAGCAGGAGAGAGUGACUUCGAGCUGUUGGUACUAGAUGUUGGGGAAACGAAGGAAAAACUUGAACGGGAAAAGGAACAAAUGGAUUCAAAAAAGAAAUAUUUACAAGAAAAUAUCGAUACACGCGAGUCUGUUAUACAAUCCUUAAGAGGCGAAAAAGAAAAACAAGCCUUACACAUUGAACGGCUGAAGCAGGAAAAGCAAAACCUGGAACAAAGUCAAGACAAACUUCAAACAAGGUAUGAAGAUUUGGAAUCAGAAGUGAAAAAGACAAAAAAAGAAAACCAAAACCUUGUCAGCAACCAAAGAAAUAAUGAUGAGGAGCUAAAAUCAAUGAAAUAUGAAAAAACAAACACUGAUUCUCAAAUGAAGCGUGUGCAGGAGGAGAAGAAAAAUCUCCAAAAUGAACUGGAUAAACUCCAUACAACGAUAGUUAAAAUAGAAUCAGAAUUGACGAAGACACAGAAAGAGAACAGACAACUGAUUGCCUGUCAAACUGCACGUGCUAACGAGUUGCGUUCCAUAAACACUGAAAAAGACAAACUUCACGCACAAAUAGUGCGUAUUCAACAAGAGAAAAAUCAGAAUCAAGACAAGAUGAAUCAAACAGAAUCAGCGUUAAUAAAGGCACAGAAUGAAAACCGAAAAGUGACUGACGCUCUUGGUGCCAGUGAGGAAAGACUUCGAACUUUGCAAAAACGACAUGACCAAUUAAAAUCAGAGACGAAAACUUUACAACAAGAAAGACAUAAAGUCGAACAGACCCUGGAAGAGAAGGUUAAGAGUUUGACGCAGGAAAAGAAGAAAUCACAGGACGAGAACAUGUGUUUGAAAGCUGAAUGUGGCACCAGCCAAGAAAGACUUCGAACUUUACAAACACAGCAUGACAGAUUGAAAUCAGAAACGAAAACUUUACAACAAGAAAACGAUCAAAUCAAACAAACCCUGGAAGAGAAGCUUAUGAGUUUGACGCAUGAAAAGAAGAAAGCACAGGAUGAAUGCAUGUGUUUGAAAGCUGAAUGUAAUAAGCAAAAUGAAGAACUGAGGAAGUUCAAACAACAACUCGAGGUAUUGAAGAAGCCACAGAGAAAACAUGUCGUACUUGGCCUACGUAGUGAGAAAAGCGGAUUGGGCAAAUCUCUGGUUGAUAUGGUAACGAAGGGACUGACGAAGCGCCUACAAGAGAGGCUGGAUAUGAGCAACUUAAAUUUGAUUGUUUCAUUUUCCCAAAAUCCAUCCGAUGUCACUAAUGGUUUCCAAAUAGUCCUUUGUCUGAACAUGUCCAGGGUUGGUACCAAUAUCGCGGACAGUCUAAAGGGAAUGAAAGUUGAUAGAGACGUGUUUGUCAUGGUGCUUCAUCACACCAACAAGGAAAAUCUCUCAGCUCUUACUCCCACAAGUCACCGCGUGACCGGAAAUGAAGUACGACAGUUAGGCGGAAUUCUCGACAUGGCGUUCAGCAGUGACGGUGGGCUGUACGAAUGUGAUCUCAACAACGUUGCUGUGGAAAAAAUUGCUUUAAUCCUCAAAAAAUGUUUGAUAUUUUAAAUAUUACAACGCAAAAAAUAAACCCCCAAAAAUGCUAAUAUGAACAUGCAUGGAGUAGGUCAAAAUGAUGUGGAGUGUGUAUUGGAACUCAGAACAUUCCAUUGUAAAGAAUAUGGACGUGUGGAUGAGGUGUCAUAUAAACAGUUAUAAAUUUAUAUAUAUCGUAUAGCGUAAAUAUAUUUGUCGAAAGAAACAGCAACUCUAUGGUUAUAAUUUUAUGAUUGUAAUGAUGUGAUUCCAUUCAUGAGACUGCUGUGGUUUCAUUGAAUACAAUGGAUACGUAAAUCGAUCAAGGCAAUUAGUGAUCUCAAGCUUUGGCUUUCAUUUGUUUAAUAGGGUGAUAUACAUUAAUGAGAAUCAAGCUUUGUAUCGAACACUAAAUAAACAUUCGAUCUUUGAUUAAGCCGUUGUUUAAAUAAAAUGUUAUAAAACCACAGACUGGGAACUGACAUCUUUCCCGGGACCAGCGUGCACACUUUCACUUAGACCAAUGAUGUUGCCUUGCUUUCGCUUUGCUUAUUAUGCAGGAGUUAUGCCUAACGGUGUCCUUAUGAUAAUCCGAUAUAUCUACCCUCAAAAUAUUUUUGGAAAUCAAUGGUUGCAGCACUUUUGUAUAGUUGAAUUUUUCUUAAGUUGUGUUUUUAUUGUACUACUCAAUUAUGAAAAUUACGCUGUAAAUCAACUCUUGAAAAGAUGUAAUUUGUAUUGCUUAUGAUUUUAUAUGACUACAACAAUUGUUUUCUUAUUUAAAACAGAGAUGCAUAUCAUUAGAAAUAUGAAGCUAUUUGCACUUUAAUUAUUGAAUUGAUAUCAGUAAAAGAUUUUUUCCGGGUAAUGUGUAAUGCAUUCGUAUCGCUGCCACCUUACACGAAGUGAAGAAUAACAAAAGCAAGUGUAAAGUGAGGAUAUCACGUGUUUAUUAUUAAUGGCAGUAAAAAGGAGUGGAUAUAUCAAAUUAGAUUUUGAAUAAAUACCGAAUGUUUUAUUUAAGGUAUGCCACAUCCAAAACCCAUCAAACAAUAAUCGCUACAAACAAAUAUAUCUACCUGAUCCUAACAUCGUUAAGAUCAAUAAGUAAUACAAAAGGAAAGGGGACAAUCGAUUAUCUUACGUCAAAAUCAGUAUUGUUGUUGUUUGUUUUUGUUGUUGUUUUAAUAAAUAUCCCGAAUGAAAUCAUUUUGAUAAUAAUAUACAUUCCAAUAUUAAAUGUACAUAUAGGUGAGAGAGAAAGAAUGAUCUCUGUUAUUAUUUGAUAAAAUACAUUCGUCUUGGUUUCAAUCAAUUGAUCUCUUAAUAUGUUUAAUUAAGUGAUGAUUGAGAGUAAAUAAAAAAUAAAAAAAAAAUAGAAUAUGAUCGCGAAGAAAAACAAACCCUGAGUACGGCGUUGUGCCCUUUUAGCAGUUUUUGUCUUUCUAUCUCUGCAAAGAGUAAAAACAACCCCUUUAGUAUCGAAAAAGACCUUAGCGAUCCUCUGAUUCGAUAGCGCUAUAAUUUCUUUUAUGUAGAUUAGCAUAUAGAUCAAGAAGCAUUUAUAUGUAACAUACAAGUAUAUUUGAUUACUCAUUAGACAAUAUUGAGAAGUAAAAUGUAAAAAUUACAAGCCGAACAUCAAGAAUGCGUGGCCUGUGUUAUAUCUUUGGACGUGUUUGAAGUAUAAAAUGCUUGUAUCAAGCUCACUCUAUUGGGAUGUUCUGAAACUUUAUUUCGAUUUUUAUUUUAGAAUCAGGCCUAUACUAAGAAAACUUCAGUAACGCAAAAGUCUACAGCAUUAAUGUUGUUUACAGAUGCACACUGUAGUUAUCAAAAAGACUUUCUUUCAUAUGUAUUUGAUAUAAUAAGACAUUUUUAAUUCUUACCAGGAAAUUAAGUAAGUGUUUUUUCAGUUACGUUAGGACCGCCAAAUGUUUUAGCGCUUUUUAAUAAAUAUCAAAAAAGUG